UGCAGAGCAAAGGAAACCAUGCAGGAUGAAGAUGGAUACAUCACCUUAAAUAUUAAAACUCGCAAGCCAGCUCUCACCUCAGUUGAGCCUGCGUCCUCGUCAUUGUGGCGGGUAAUGGCUUUGAUUCUGCUGGUCUUGUGCAUUGGGCUGGUUGUUGGACUCGUGGCUCUGGGGAUUAUGUCUGUCACGCAGCAAAACUACCUACAAAUUGAGAAUAAAAAUCUCUCAGGAAUUCUGCAACAAUUAUUAGCAAACCAGUUCUGCCAAGAUUUAAUGAAACCAUCAGAACAAAAAGACAGUUUCAGCCAUAAGGACAGCCCAUGUGACAAAAAUUGGAGACAUUAUGAAGGCAAUUGCUAUGGAUUCUUCAGGCACAACCUGACUUGGGAAGAGAGUAAGCAGUACUGUGCCAACAUGAAUGCCACUCUACUGAAGAUUGCCAGCCAGAACAUUCUGGAAUAUAUCAAAUCCAGGACUGGAUUAAUUCGUUGGGUGGGACUGUCCCGACAGAACUCCAAUAAAGUCUGGAAGUGGGAAGAUGGCUCAGUUCCCUCCAAAAAUAUGUUUGAGCUUUCUGAAAAUGCAAGAGAAAAUAUGAAUUGUGCUUAUUUUCAUAGUGGGAAAAUUCACCCUAGCUUCUGCAAGAACAAACAUUAUUUAAUGUGUGAGAGAAAGGCAGGCAUGGCAAAGGUGGACAAGCUACUUUAAUGCAAAGAGACGGGCAGGU